CCGAUUUUCUUGCAACUGGCUUCCGGUUUCGAUCAAGUCUCAAGCCCGGUCUUUUGAAGAUGGCUGAAGACUUCGGUUUCUUUUCGUCGGACAACGGCACCACGGGCAGCGCCGAGGAGGAUCCGGCCGCCGCUUUCCUGGCGCAGCAGGAGAGCGAGAUCGCCGGCAUCGAGAACGACGAGGGCUUCAGUAUCUUGGACGGGGGCGAGGUGCCGUCGGCCUUGCCGGGUCACUCCUCUCAUGACACUGGAGGUGGAUUCGAAGAAGAGCUGACUGCUGUUAAUGGUGAAGUAUACCAGGAGUCAAAUUGUCCAAAUGACAGUUAUGCUGCAAUAGCUCGAGCAGAUCGCUUGAGCCAAGAACCUGAGAGCAUUCGAAAAUGGAGAGAAGAGCAGAUAACUCGCCUAGAAAAUCUUGAUGCUGCUUCUCGAAAAGCAGAACUGGAAUGGAAAGAGAAGGCAAAAAAGGAACUAGAAGAGUGGUACAUUCGACAGAAUGAACAGUUGGAGAAAAUAAAAAAGAAUAACAGAGCUGCUGAAGAGGCCUUUGUCCAGGAUUGUAAUGAAGAUACACCUGGAACAGAAUGGGAGCGAGUAGCACGCCUUUGUGAUUUCAAUCCCAAAACCAACAAGCAGUCAAAGGAUGUAUCACGUAUGCGUUCUGUACUGAUAUCCCUUAAGCAGUCACCAUUAGUCCGUUAGAUGCUACAUAACACUGGUGUGGGCAUUCUUACUAGCUUUGGAUCCCACAACAACGGCCAUUAGAAUAGAAGGAUGAGUGUUUAGUCAUUCCUGUUUGGACCAAACCAUUGUAAAUUAAAAGAUCAAAUGUUUGUUUUUUUUCCUUUUUUUUUCAAUGCCCAAUAACUCCAGUAAUUGGCAGUCCUGUAGACAACUGCCUUCGCUCCAGGGUUUCAAUGUUUAACUUUUUCUCAAUUAUCAAUAUCCCUACACUGUCCUUGUGCUGCAUCACAUGACUAUUUAUGCAUGAAUUAUGAGUGCAAUCUAUGGCCUUUGUUUCAAAAUCAUGUUGACUACACUGUUAUGCAUUAAAGGUUACAUUAAAACA